AUAUAAAACAAUGUUUUUCCUAAUUUCCACUAUUUAGCAAAAUAAAAAUGUAAGUUCAUAAAAAUCUAAUCACACUCCUCUUCUUCUCCCUCCAUCACUGCCGUCAGACUCCAUAGGCGCCAAACUCAUUCUUCUUCAUCUCACAUCCUUCAGCUAUUUCGUGUGGGGGUUCCAGAAAUUUCUGAAACUCGUUCAUAUAAGUAUCCAGUAUCGCUCAACUCAAACAACAUUACAAAGAUACAGAUUUUUACGCUCUUAUCUCUGAAAAUGCUUACAUAUAUUGCUUUACUACGUUUUGUUUUAGGGUUUUUCUCAAUUUACAUAUAGUGAAUGUGUAGUUUGUUAUGUUCUAUAUAUCCAUACAAGUUGAUCCUCUAUAAAACCCUAGUUUAUUUUACUAUAAUUUGUAGAAAAUUAUUGUGUACAACAGUACAAGUUGAUCCUGUAGAAGUUUUAACACUUUUAUUUAUAGGAAGCUACUAAAUUAUCAUUUCAUUUUUCAUGCAGCAAAUUCCCAAAGUCUUCUUGUUGAUUGCCUCUCUUCCCAUUUUCGCCAUUUCUGUGAACGCUUGUUCUCUCUCAUUUCAAAACUUGUCGAUGGCGCUGUCCAAGGUUGUCGCGGAGUAUGCGAAGUCGAACCGUUCUAUGUGCAAGAAAUGCUUUGUACCCAUACAAUCCAAAACCCUAAGACUGGGAUUGGUCUCAAGGGGCAUGGCGAGACUCUUGGACAUUACUAAAUGGCACCACUUCAGUUGCUUCCCUAUAUCCUCCUCUAACUCUCAUCCUAAGACCAUUACUGGCUUUUCCUCCCUGAAGAGCGGUGACCAGGAACCUCUCACGAAGUUUUUUGCUGGACAGGACAAGUCUGAAGAUUUAUCCACGUCUGAUGUUAAUUCUGGGGUUAAUAUCACCUUUUCAGUUUCUGAUGUCAAGAGUACAUACAAGGAUGCUACCCUUUUGCCUAAAUGGAAGGCGUUCCAAACAGUCAUUUUUCUUGAACGGGAUGAUGGUUUGCAAGAUUCAAGUAAAAUCGCUGCAUUUGAUUUUGACGGGUGUCUUGCGAAAACUGCUGUGAAUAUAACAGGUCCUAAUGCUUGGUCUGUCAUGUAUCCUGUAAUUCCUGAUAAGCUGCAAAGCUUAUACAACAAUGGCUACAAACUGGUAAUUUUCACCAAUGAAUCCAAUAUUGAACGUUGGAAGAAUCAAAGACAAAAAGCUGUGGACUCAAAAAUUGGACGUCUAAAUCAGUUUAUUGAGAAAGUGAAGGUCCCAAUUCAGGUUUUUAUAGCUUGUGGGACAGGUAAAUCAGGCAAGGCUGGAACGAAAGAAGCCGAUCCUUUUCGAAAACCAAAACCAGGAAUGUGGCAACUUAUGGAGAAACACUUCAACUCUGGCAUUACCAUCGAUAUGAAUCAAUCAUUUUAUGUCGGUGAUGCAGCCGGAAGAAAAAAAGAUCAUAGUGACGCUGAUAUUAAAUUUGCAGAGCUAUGGCGAAUUUUUGUGACGACCAUCAUGGCCAAUUUGUGGAGGCUGGCUGUGCCAUGGCCUUUUGUGGCAGAUAUGACGGGGCAUAAAAUGGGAAUGUUUUGUUUUCCGCUAUAGAUGCAUCUGCAAUCGAUAACAUUGAUGAAUCAUGGCAUGAUUCAUAAUGCGAAGUUUGAGUGCCUCUCUUUCUAUCUAUCUCUCUGUGAUUGUUGUUUAGGUUUAUGGUUGUAUCUUUCACCAGUUGUGAUUAUUAUUGAUUAAUGUACACUAUAGCAUAA